CGAUGGGCAUGAAAUACUGUCCGGCCAAGUUCAAGAUGUCGAUUACAGUAGCACUCAGGAAGCCCGGAAAGGACAACUACUCACAGCCCAAGUCAUACCGACCAAUUGCUCUGAUGAAUAUGAUGGGAAAGAUUUUGGAUAUAGCGUUUGCCCGAGGAAUAUAGUACUACGCUAAGAGAUACUAUAUGCUUCCGAUAAUACAUAUAGGGGGCCGGAAAGAAUCCUCCUAUAAGCAUGCUAUUCAUCUCCUCUUAAGAAGGUUCACUUAGUAUAGAGAAGAAGGAAAGCAGUAAGCUUGCUUAUACUAGAUAUCUCGGGUGCCUUUAAUAAUGUCUUUCAUAAGAGACUAUUGCAUAACUUGAGAAAGAGAGGACUACCUACGGAAAUCAUUGACUAGAUAGCCAGUUACCUGAUAAAUAGGAAGACCCAGAUCAAGCUCUUUGAGGGCCUAAGUAAGGAAUUCAGUAUACUAAUAGGCAUUCCUCAAGGCUCCCCUUUCUCCCCUAUCCUCUAUCUCUUCUAUAACGCUAACCUUCUCGAAAUUCUGUCAGCAUCAUGUCAGAUAUCAAUCUCGAAAUGGGCAGGUACUUUGGUCUAAUUCCAUCACUUUAUGAUUCCUUGACUAUCGAGCCGUCGCUCUUCUGGAAAUUGCAAUCU